AUAAUUUGAGCUUCUGAAGAAUAGAUUAUUUACCGUUUAGGACCUGAGAACUGAUAAAUUCCUGAUUAAACAAAAUGCAGCUCUACGACUUAGUUUAGCUGAGUCGAUAAUUCAAGGUUUGAAGGUGAUUUGUGUUAAGUAUUAUGUAUAUUCCUGCAUAUUAUAGCACCAGAUAUAUUGAUCUGAAAUGACAAUGGAUUCUUCUCUGAGAAAGCAGGUGGUAUUACUUUUCGUACGAAGUUUAGUGCGGGAAAAUAGAGUGAUGAUAAGUUAUUCAAUUAAAUUUCUGUACGACUAGAGCUGCAUUAAUAGUUCAAAUUCUAUGUUAUCAGAACUCAUCUUCGUUGAAGUUCUUUCCUAGCCCACCUCCAUAGAUCCUGUAAUCUACAUGGAGCAUGAUUUAAGAUUUCUGGUUUUUCUGGAGGAUCUUUUUUAAUCCAAAUCCAUUUUCAUCCCGAUUGCUGGAGCUAUUUCUGACUUUGAGAAGUUGUAUGGUGAUUAACAGUUCCUAUGAGCCCAAUAUAUGCCAUGAAGUCAAAGAUUAUUACCAACAGCUGAAAUGAGAUGCAAUGCGUGUUGGCGAGAGCUGGAAGGGCGAGCCAUUUCCACCACAUGUGGUCACCUUCUGUGCACGGAUGAUGCUAGCAAGAUCCUCAGUAACGAUGGAGCAUGUCCCAUUUGUGACCAAGUGCUCUCUAAGAGUCUUAUGAAACCUGUGGAUAUCAAUCCAAACGAUGAAUGGAUAAAUAUGGCCAUGGCUGGAAUAUCUCCACAGAUAUUGAUGAAGAGUGCAUACAGAAGUGUGAUGUUCUACAUCGGGCAAAAGGAAUUGGAAAUGCAGUUCAAGAUGAACAGAAUAGUUGCUCAAUGCCGGCAGAAAUGUGAAGCAAUGCAAGAAAAGUUCACAGAAAAACUGGAGCAGGUGCAUACUGCAUACCAAAAAAUGGCCAAGAGGUGCCAAAUGAUGGAGCAAGAGAUUGAGAGCUUGUCAAAGGAUAAGCAGGAGCUCCAGGAAAAGUUCUCAGAGAAAUCCAGGCAGAAGAGAAAGCUAGAUGAAAUGUAUGAUCAAUUGAGAAGUGAGUAUGAGUCAACGAAACGAUCGGCCAUCCAGCCUGCUGGCAACUUUUAUCCAAGAAAUGAACCUGAUUUGUUCGCUAGCCCUGCUAACAUAUUGGAUAACAGAGACGCCGUCAGAAAAGGGCCUAGAGAGGAUGUGUGGCCAGCGAGGCAGAAUAGCUCAAACUCUGGCCCCUUUGAUAUCUCUGUUGGCUCACCAGCAAAACAACCAGCCAUCCCAACUGAUGCCGGUAACAGAAGGGUUAGUUCUCAAGCUGUUUUUGGAGCUGGAGCAAGUAACCCCUCAACGACUUUGAGGAACUUGAUACUCUCCCCAAUUAAGAGGCCUCAGCUCUCUCGUAACCGCCCUCACAUGUUUACGUUUUAGGCCUGAAGUUGAGGGUUUUCCAUUUGACAGAUUUGGGGAUGUUUGAUACAUUGUCCUCACUUCAACCC